ACCGCCACCCCUCCCCUCCGUAUUCUGAAUUAUUCUCCUUCCACUCCUUCUCUCUCUCUCUUCACUCACUCCCAUAAUUAUAAAUAUAUAAAUAUAAACAAGCAAGGAAUUAUUCCAUGCCCAUCCCUUCCUUCCCUUCACAACAUCCCAAUUCUCACUUUUCCCCUCUCCCCCUCUAACUAUUAUUCCAAUCCCUAAUCCCUCUUUAUCUUAUUUGCCUCCGAUUUCCUCACCCACUGAAACUAAAUCCACAAAUCAAAUUCUCAUGCAUAGUGAAAUCAUCAAUUGAAGGGAAAUGGCAACUCUGCAGAAAUUCAAGCUACUGGCGACACAGUGCGCGGUCGCCGCCAGUCCUACCAGGAGUCCGUCCGCGAGUCCAGUGAUCCAUCUCCGCCGGAGAAAAACACUCCGAAUGCUGCUCAGCCGCGUCGGCGGCGGCGGCGGCGGCGGGAGACGGCUGCCUCCGCGGUGCUGUGACGCCUCCUCGGGUCAGAUGGGGAGCAGCGACAAGAGAAGCGCGCCGGAGAAGGGGAAAGAGUCGUUAGUAAGAAACAAGCUGAAGGAUUUGUUUGUUUCCUCGCCUCCGCCGUUAGCCGAGGCGGUUUCGGAAAAUGUGAGAGAACUGCUGCUGCCGUCCGGCGGCGAAUUGAGGAGAGGUAGUGGACGCUCGCUCCGGCCGCUGUCGGCGACCUUCCGGCAACGAUUGUUGUUGAGGAGAGCCUGGCGGCCGGUGCUCGUCGGCAUUCCGGAGUGACGCCGCCGGCAUUCCGUUAGAUUAAUUCAGUAUCGAUUUUUGGUUCCGUUGUAAGUUGUAACCGUAUUCGGAAAUCGUAACCCCUUUGUUUAUUUUAUUUAUCAUUUCAUAAUCUAAUUCUAAUCUUCAUUAUUUGAAUA